GCAGCUUUUUCUGUCUGUGCAGAGUUCUGUGUGGUUAUUUUUCUUAUAGUAGCAUUGUGCUGGAUAUUCACUUCAUAGGAAAGGAGGGUUUUCAUUUUAAAAACAUCAUGAGGCACCUACUUUCACAGGGGCACAAGCCCCCUGUGUUGUUGGUGAGCGAGCAUUUAAGAUGUCACUGAGCAGUGAAAGAAGAGUAAAUACCUCAACGCUGAAGAAAAUUGCGGCAGAUAUGAGCAAUUUAAUAGAGAACCUGGACACCAGGGAGCUCCACUUUGAGGGGGAAGAGGUGGAUGCUGACGUGUUAAAUGAUCCGAAAACAACUGUGGGCAUCCCAUUCUCUGCAAUUUAUAACACUCAAGGGUUCAAAGAGCCUCAUAUACAGACAUAUCUAACCGGAUGUCCGAUUAAAGUCCGAGUUCUGGAAGUAGAACGCUUUACCUCAACAAAAAAGGUACCAAGUCCAAAUGUUUACACUAUUGAGUUCACACAUGGAGAUUUUACAUGGCAAGUGAAAAGGAAAUUCAAGAACUUUCAAGAAUUCCACAGGGAACUGCUGAGAUACAAAGCCUUCAUACGAAUUCCUAUCCCUACAAGGAGUCACACAGUUAGAAGACAAACUGUCAAAAGGGGAGAAGCGAGGCAGAUGCCAAGUCUGCCACGCACGUCUGAGAACAUGGUCCGAGAAGAACAUUUUUCUAGUAGAAGAAAACAACUGGAAGACUACUUGACAAAGAUCUUAAAAAUGCCCAUGUACAGGAACUACCAUGGAACGAUGGAAUUCAUUGGUGUAAGUCAGCUGUCAUUUAUCCACGAUCUAGGACCAAAGGGCAUAGAAGGUAUGAUCAUGAAACGAUCUGGGGGCCACAGAAUACCUGGUCUGAACUGCUGUGGGCAAGGAAGGGUCUGCUAUCGAUGGUCCAAAAGGUGGUUAGUAGUGAAAGACUCUUUCCUAAUGUAUAUGAAGACGGAUAGCGGAGCCAUUUCCUUUGUCCUGCUGGUAGAUAAAGAAUUCAGCAUUAAGAUUGGCAAGAAAGAGACUGAAACAGAAUACGGGUUACGGAUUGACAAUCUCUCCAGGUCAUUGAUUUUGAAGUGUAACAGCUACAGACAUGCCCGAUGGUGGGGACAGGGAAUAGAAGAGUUCAUUCAGAAAAAUGGCAAAAACUUUCUAACACAUCACAGAUUCGGGUCGUAUGCAGCUAUACAGGAGAAUACUUUGGCAAAGUGGUAUGUAAAUGCAAAAGGGUAUUUUGAAGAUGUAGCAAAUGCCAUGGAGGCAGCGAAAGAAGAAAUUUUCAUCACAGAUUGGUGGUUGAGCCCAGAAAUCUUUAUGAAGCGACCCGUGGUAGAAGGAAAUCGUUGGAGACUAGACUGCAUUCUCAAGCGGAAAGCGCAACAAGGAGUGAGAAUUUUUGUAAUGCUCUACAAAGAAGUGGAGCUUGCUCUAGGAAUCAACAGUGAAUACAGCAAGCGGACCCUAAUGCGUCUACAUCCAAACAUCAAGGUGAUGAGGCAUCCAGAUCACGUGUCAUCCUCAGUGUACCUGUGGGCCCAUCAUGAGAAGCUCGUUGUCAUUGACCAGUCUGUAGCAUUCGUUGGUGGCAUUGACUUGGCCUAUGGGAGGUGGGAUGAUGAUGAACACAGGCUGACCGACGUUGGCAGUGUGAAACGAAUUGCAGGAACAAAGUCUACAUCUACAGUGAAUCUCAUACCUACAGCCGAGUCCACUGAAGCUUUAGCCCUGAAAACUCAGUCCCUGGGGAACCUGCCACAGCACAGAAAUAGUGAUGACAUACUAGAUUCUUCAAGAAUGAAAGGAAUAGGAAAACCCAAAAAGUUUUCCAGGUUCAGCAUUUAUAAGCAUCUCCAGAAGCACGGCCUACACCACGCUGAUAGUGUAAGCAGUAUAGACAGUGAGUCAGAUAAAGGAUCAAUCCGCAGCUUGAAGACAGGUGUUGGAGAACUUCUUGGGGAGACCAGGUUCUGGCAUGGAAAGGACUAUUGCAAUUUCGUCUUUAAAGACUGGGUUCAACUCGACAAACCCUUUGCUGAUUUCAUUGACAGAUACACCACACCCAGAAUGCCAUGGCAUGAUAUUUCAUCCGUUGUGCAUGGCAAAGCUGCACGGGAUGUUGCUCGACACUUUAUUCAGCGCUGGAACUUCACAAAGAUCAUGAAGCCCAAAUACAGAUCCCUGUCCUACCCAUUCCUGUUGCCAAAAUCUCAGCGAACCGCCAGUGAGAUGAAGUAUCAAGUGCCCGAGUCUGUAUGUGCCAAUGUACAGGUGCUCCGUUCUGCUGCAGAUUGGUCAGCUGGCAUCAAGUACCAUGAAGAAUCCAUCCACAAUGCUUAUGUUAGCGUGAUAGAAAACAGUAAACACUACAUCUAUAUCGAAAACCAAUUUUUUAUUAGCUGUGCUGAUGACAAAGUCGUUUCUAACAAGAUUGGAGAUACCAUCGCUCGGCGGAUUCUUAAAGCACACAGGGACAGCAAACGAUACCGAGUGUAUGUGGUGAUCCCGCUGUUGCCUGGAUUUGAAGGAGAUAUUUCAACUGGAGGUGGGAAUGCACUGCAAGCCAUAAUGCACUUCAACUACAGGACCAUGUGCAGAGGAGAUAAUUCUAUCCUGGGACAGUUGAAAGCAGAGAUUGGAGAUCGGUGGAUAAAUUACAUAUCGUUCUGUGGGCUUCGAACAUACGCCGAGCUGGACGGAAAUCUCGUCACUGAACUCAUCUAUGUUCACAGCAAAUUGCUUAUAGCUGAUGACAACACUGUCAUCAUUGGCUCUGCUAACAUCAAUGACCGCAGCAUGCUGGGAAAACGCGACAGUGAAAUGGCUAUCAUUGUGCAAGACACCGAAACCGUCCCUUCAGUGAUGGAUGGAAAGGACUACAAAGCCGGAAGAUUUGCUCAGUCACUCCGCCUCCGGUGUUUUAGGGUUGUUCUUGGUGGUUCAGCAGACCUCAGUGCUGAUCUUCAGGAUCCAGUCUCUGACAGAUUCUUCAAGGAGGUGUGGGUCUCAACAGCUGCCCGCAAUGCCACUAUUUUUGAUAAGGUGUUCCGAUGCCUUCCCAGUGAUGAGGUGACUAAUUUAGCCCAGCUGCGUGACUUCAUUGCCAAGUCAAAAUUGGUAACCCAAGAUGCUGCAAAAGCAGCAGAAGAAUUAAAGAAGAUUCAUGGAUUUCUAGUGCAAUUCCCCUUUCGUUUCCUGGAUGAAGAAAACUUACUGCCUUCUGUUGGAACAAAAGAAUCCAUGGUGCCCAUGGAAGUUUGGACUUAGGAUGAUUUAGACUGCUUUAGAAUUUAAAGUCUGGUUUCUUGGAGACAGUUUGCAUACCUGAUGAUUUCAGGAAGCUUUGUAUUGCCAAGGUAGCCACCGAAAAGGUCUCCAUCAAACUAAUGUGCCUUUCUUAAGGAUUUUGGUGGAACAGCUUCAGACAAAAUGACACUGUUAUGGGGAGGGAAAGAAAAUUUGGCACUUAUGAUCAUUGACAAGUUCUAUUAAUUGAAAAGAACAAUACUUCUUUACAGACAUAUUCUAAGCACCUUAAAGAUGCAGGCCACUCCUAUGAAGGGAGACAAAUCAUAAUGUAUAUUACUACUGCCAGCAUGAUCAUACAUGUACAGUGAUUGUGAUACCCAGGAGUUGUAGGCUGUUUGUGCUUUCUAAAUCUUUAUGUGCUUGCAGUUUAUUACCUAGCUGGAGUUACCCUCUUCAUCGUCUCUGUUUUGUAUCCCCUCAAGUAUUCCCUCACUGCUUACACCUCCAUAAUGGUUGGGAAAUGUUGCCUGAGGCCAACUCAGGUGUUCCUAUGAUCAUUGCCUAUCGAGCUUAGAUGUUACAUUGCAUAUAUGGCAAAGGACUAACACUCUUAUGUCAGAAUCAGUGGUGCUGUCUUGUCUCCUGGCCCCAGGGGAAAACAUUGGUUUUUUUACUACAACUACAGCAAUCAACAUUCCUCAUGCUCAGCAUGGCACUGUGUAGAUCUCCAUGAGGGGCAAUCCCUAAUGGAGAUUGAGGUGAUGGGAAUCUCUUGAAUUCUGUUUUUUCAGGGUUUGCAGAACUUGUUUGAGUUCAGCAACUCUUUUUCUUACUAUCUAAACUAUCAUUUUUUCCCCAAGGGAGAAUCAACUUUUUAACCCUACAUUUUUCUAGCUGAAGGAAAUCCUGCUGCUAUGUAUUAGGGAGACGAGAAUCCCAAAAGCUAGGUUGGCAAAGCUGGGUCCUCUGUUUGGAUCACAGAGCUGUGGGUAUACACUGCAUUAAAUUCUUAGAGCUUUCCCCUGCUUUCUUUUCCACUGUUUCACCUAUAAGGAACAAGAACCUAGUAACAGUUGAGUCAGAGUUGAAAUUUUGAGCUGACGAUGUUCAAGGUUGAUCAAAGUCACUCAUACUGAGUUCGAUCACCCUCCAGAGGCUAGUGGGGAGAUAGCACUGAACUUGUCUCUGGGACCAGCUCCAGUAAUGGGAAGACAUGGUUUUGAACAGUCUCUGCAAUGCAGAAAUGUGACUCCAUGUCAUCCGAGGGACUGAUAAACUCACUCAACAUGGUCAAUCUUUUUGCUUUCCAUUUACUAAUACAAGUGGCACAAUUAAUAAGAAACUCAGAACGCUGGGUUCCUAUCUGGAGAGAGUGAGAAGCUGAGACCCCCAUCUCUGAAUGCAGAAUGUUAACUGAUUCCGUGGGAGUGCCAUUCACCAAGCAAGGGCCAAAUGUGGCCCAUAAUCUGUGGUCCAGUAAAAGCCCUCACUAUUCCUUAUACAUAAGGCUUACGAACUUUCAUUGCUAUUUUUCUCUUUGCUAAAAAAUUCCAAUGAGUAUAACUAAAUUUGUCCUUUAAAAAAAAAAGACGUUUGACAGGCUUCCAACAUGCAUUCAUUAGUUUAUAAAAAAAAUCAUGACACCCUUUUGAAAGAUAUGUGCCAACUGUGUUUUGGGCAUAUCUUACAUUUAAGCUGAUUGCUCUAUAUAUUUUAAGAAAUGUAAUUAGGCAUAGAGUCAUUUUCCAACACUACAUGACAUUAAUAAGUAACAAACACUAACAUGCCUCAAGGGCAGCCCAAGUCCUAGCUAGUUGCUAUGUUUUGUGUUACUUCAUGCUCAUAUUUCAUAGAUGCAAUUAAUUAGUGCUAUGGACAGGACUUACAACCAUUCCUUAUACUCGGUGAACCAGUGGUCUAUUUAAUCUGUCAAUAGUGCAUGCACAGCUUUUAUGAAGUAAACUGCAAUGUGUUUAUAGGUGCUGUGAUUUUGUGUAGUGCACUGCAGAUACCUAGGUUCCCUCAAGAUUUGUUGGGCAUUGUUAUUUAAAAUCAUAUUUGUUGUUUAAAAUGGGACACAGGGCUGACCUGCCAACUCCUGUGCUAGAGAAAUAUGCUAUCAGGUAACCACUGCAAAGCUAGGAAACUAAAACAUCAAAAUACUUUUGCUUUUAACACUAGCCUAAGGCUUUUAAUUUCACGCAAAAAACUGUUGGCCAUUUUUA